AUGCUGAAGGAAGCAUGCGACGGCGUCAUCGUCGGUUCGGCCAUCGUCCGCCGUCUCUGCGAAGCGGAAAGCAAGCCCAAGGACGAAGUCAUUCAGGAAGUAGGCAUCACCGAGCAAACGUUCCAAGCCAAGCUGGGCGUUCCGGAUACCGAUUUGAUCGACUACCUGACCGGAUUGUUGAUGCGAUUCGUACGCAGCGACAUGGUCUUCAAAGUUCGCAGCCUGACCGGUCGUCCAUUGACCGAAGUGGCCGAUAUGCUGAUCGAAGCCGAGGCGCGAAUCGGCGAGGCAAAACGAUCUGUCCACCAUCACGUGGGGGACUUCCUUUUGUUCUGGAGCGGUGUUUACCCGGAAAGUCUCGCCAGGAUGCAGAAGGCGGAUCGAAAAGAUCACCUGCUCAAUUACUGGGUUGUCGGCAAACAGGCCUACUCGAAAGCGAGCGAACUGUCUGCCGAGGAGCACUCCGAGAGCGAAGCGGAACUGCUCAGCAAACUAAGCCACGAGUUCGAAUUGUGUGCUUACGGACUGGGCGAAGUUCGCCGCGAAUGGGAACGCCGCGAUCAGCAAGGCGAUUCCCCGCAGAUCAUCGUCAUGUAA